CAAUCUCUCUCUCUCUCUCUCUCUAGUUUUGUGUGUGAAAAUUGAAAACUGAAACCUGAAAACGAGAAGAAAGCAAAGAUAGAGGGAGGGAGGGGGGUGCACACACACACACACACACACAUACACACAGGCAUUUAUAAGGUUCAAGGAAGAUGAGCAAGCUUAACAAAUCGAGCUCCGAAUUGGAUUUAGAUCGCCCCAAUAUCGAAGACUACCUCCCCUCUGGAUCCCUUCAGGAUUCCCACCCCAAACUCCGCCUGCGUGAUUUGCUGGAUAUCUCCCCAACUUUAACUGAGGCUGCUGGUGCCAUUGUGGAUGAUUCUUUCACGAGAUGCUUCAAGUCUAAUCCUCCAGAACCCUGGAACUGGAAUGUGUAUUUAUUUCCUUUGUGGUGUUUGGGAGUUGUAGUCAGAUAUGGGGUUCUUUUCCCAUUGAGGGCAAUAGUGUUAACAACAGGAUGGAUUAUAUUUCUCUCAUGCUAUUUUCCUGUGCAUUUCCUGCUAAAAGGACAUGAUAAAUUGAGAAAAAGGUUAGAGAGAAGUCUAGUGGAGCUGAUUUGCAGCUUCUUUGUUGCAUCUUGGACUGGGGUCGUCAGGUACCAUGGUCCACGACCCAGCAUGAGGCCUAAGCAGGUUUUUGUGGCAAAUCACACUUCCAUGAUUGAUUUCAUUAUUUUGGAACAAAUGACUGCAUUUGCAGUAAUUAUGCAGAAGCAUCCUGGGUGGGUUGGAUUAUUGCAGAGCACUAUUUUGGAAAGCCUAGGAUGUAUCUGGUUCAACCGCUCAGAAUCCAAGGAUCGUGAAAUUGUUGCAAGAAAGCUGCGUGAACAUGUAAAUGGGGCUGAUAAUAAUCCUCUUCUUAUAUUCCCUGAAGGAACUUGUGUGAACAACCACUAUACUGUGAUGUUCAAGAAGGGUGCAUUUGAACUUGGCUGCACUGUCUGUCCAAUAGCAAUCAAGUAUAACAAGAUAUUUGUCGAUGCCUUCUGGAACAGCCGAAAGCAAUCCUUCACAACACACUUGUUGCAGCUUAUGACAUCAUGGGCUGUUGUUUGUGAUGUGUGGUACCUGGAACCUCAAAAUCUGAAACCUGGAGAAACGCCUAUUGAGUUUGCUGAGAGGGUGAGGAACAUUAUUUCUGUCAGAGCAGGUCUAAAAAAGGUGCCAUGGGAUGGAUAUCUGAAAUACUCUCGCCCCAGCCCAAAGCUUCGUGAACUCAAGCAACAGAGCUUUGCCGAGUCUGUGCUCCGUCACCUGGAACAGAAAUAAAUUUGUGGUGUGCCCCUAGUUUGGGUGUUUGUUGUCUUUAGUUUGUUAGGGUAGGCCUGCAGCUGAUUGCUAUAAACAUUUCCUCAUUUUUUACAGUGGAGGUUCCUUCCUAUACUUCCAGGAUGGUAGACAGAAGUUACUGCAUGAGGUGUGAGCCUUUUGUGAAGGGCCCAACUGUACUUGCUAUAUCUUGUAUUUAAUGCUUUUACAUAAUUUAGUUCCACUAACAACUUC